AUGGGGGACCCAAGUCUCAUACUCAUGUUCGGUUGGAUGCAGGCAAAACUAGCACAUCUGGAGAAAUACUCGUCAGAGUACGCUCGACGUUAUCCGUGUGCCGCGCAACUUAUCGUGCGUUGCCAUCCUUCGUUCUUCAUCAAGAGUAAGGCUGCACAGCAUGCAAUGCUGUCUCCAUUGGUUCAAUUUCUACUGGACGAAGGCUUCAUCGUUAUCCAAGACGAAGACGCAGUUGGUGCAUCCCAGCCUAGCUCGCAACGCGGCAUCUUGACCCAUGUGUUCUCCAACGGUGGUGCAUCCGUACUCACCGCUCUGUCGACACUUCUUGAAGAACGUCGCCUUCGACAAGCAUCCGCACAAGGACCCUCCGCCCUUGUCCUGGACUCAACACCUGGGAAGGCUCAUCUGUCUCGUACAAUGGCCGCCUUCACUGCUCAGUUGAGGUCCCCUCUCUUGAGAUACGCCGCAAAUACCAUUGUGUGUUUCGGGUAUCUGCUCCUCCUCGCAUACCACAAGAUAUUUCGUAGGGCGACGUUGGUCGAUCGCUUCAGGAGCACCCUUCUCUCCCGAAGAUUCCUACCGUGGGGCUCUGAGCAUACACCCAGGCUCUAUAUCUUCUCUCACAGCGAUGAGCUUGUCGGAUGCGAGGAUGUCGAGGAGCAUGUUGCGGAUGCAAAACGGUCGGGCUUCCGAGUGGAGACUGAACUCUAUGCUCGUAGCGCUCACGUCGCUCACAUGCGGACCGAUCCCACGAGACGCGCAUGUCUCCGUUGGUUAUAG